AUGGCUUUCCUUCACACCGACGAUACCUUCUUCAUCGACUCCGACGAACCUCUCCAAACCCGCAUCGAUGCUCGCACAGCUGCCAAGAUGAUCGCACGCAACAGGCAAGAUAUCAUUGCCGGCGAGCUAUCACGACUUGCCGGAGAGGAAUACUUGGAGGAUAUAAUGCAACACAUGAGGCAAAUGGAGGCAUGUUUUUACCCACAGUUUUUUCUUAUCGACAUGCAACGCGAGAUCCAAUGGUUCAUGAGACCCUAUCUUAUCGACUUCCUCGUUGAGGCCCACGCUGCUUUUGCCCUAUUACCGGAGACGCUCUUCCUAACGGUCAACCUGCUGGAUCGCUACUGCUCAAGGCGUGUCGUGUACAAGCAACAUUACCAGCUGGUCGGCUGUGCUGCCUUGUUGAUCGCUGCCAAGUAUGGCGACAAGAAGGACCGUGUUCCUCAGAUCCACGAGCUCAACAACAUGUGCUGCGGACUAUACGAUGCCGGCAUGUUCACCCAGAUGGAGAUGCAUGUCCUGAACACUCUAGAGUGGACCAUUGGACAUCCUACUGUUGACUUCUUCUCGCAGCUGAUAGUAGCAGAGGAACAUGAUGACAGAGAAGUCGAGCAGAUGGCCGCAUACCUCAGCGAGAUUGCCCUCUACCACAGAGACUUUGUUUCAACGAAACCUUCGAUCAUGUCCCGUGCUUCAUUAACACUCGCUCGAGCAAUCCUUGGGCGCCCAGAGGCUAACGACGGGGAAUGGGAUCACAGUGAGAACGUCACUCUACUGGCACUCUCUCAGCACCUCAGCCAGCCCUCACCGACUCUAGCUCGGAAAUAUUCUACUCCUCACAUGUCUAGAGUCUCACAAAAGCUGGUCGACUUCAUGGCCGGACAGGCUGCCAUGGCCGCACGCAAUGCCAACCCACCUACACCACCCAGCGACAUGUCUUCGAAACAAGGCGACAUUUACAGCACUCCCCAAAAGGGACACGGUGCAGCUAUGGGAUUCGAAGGGUAUCUGACACCUCCAAUCACACCUGACGGUGCUUGCUUCGGCAACGGAAACCAAAAUGUGGCUAAGGAUGCAUAUCACAUGCCCCCGCGUUGCCCCGUCACGCCAACGCCACAGCAACACCACACCAGUUACGCCCAACAAGCGCGCCAGUACAUUGGCUUCCCUACACAACAUCAAUUACACGGCAUUCAUCAACAAUAG